AUGACCUUCAAUGGCACUCUCAAGAGAACAUUCACGCCAUGGGUUAAAAUGUAUAAAGGGGAAACCAAUUUCCAAGACGUUUUGGAAGACAUAAGACAAUAUGUCGAUGUACAGUGCUCACAGCUGAUCCAACCACCACCCCGCAUCUAUAGCGUGGAUCAAAUCAAUUUGCGAUUCAAGGCCUCAGGAUUGCCUUUACAACCAAAUUCACUUUCUCAGCCAAUUUCGCUUGUCUACAGCAUCCAUGCGGCAUGUCCCAUCCUGAUGCCCGAUUCUGACUUGCUGGCUGACAUACAACAGAAAGAAGUCGAACCCGACUUUGAGCCCUUUCUGCUUUCCACCCAAUUUUCGACCUUAAAAAGGAAGGCUUCAACACAAUAUGAUAUGAUAGGCGAAGUAGAGGAAAAGCCAUCCCUGAUUGGAAACUUCAUAUGGCUCCAUGAUGAGCUGCGAAGGGCAGUCUUAGCCUCAAAAACGACGGAAUUGUUUGUUCAAAAGGCAAAAAUGAAGAAAACCUCGAUUCAUGUACUCAUACAUGAAAAGGCCGAGCCUGGUGAGGGUAGGGUGUGGCUGUCAGACGAGGUGAUCGAGGGUGAAAUGCAGAAGUUCUCUGGAACAAAUAAGGCGGGGAACCAUAAUGAGAAAGAAGACUUUGCAGGGUUCACAUGCGAUGCCUUGGCUCACUGGUCACUCAUAGUCAAUGAAUUUGAGCGUGUUUUUGUUGAUAUUCAGGGUGAGGGGUUGCCUGAACCGUUGUCUCUUGCGACUAACAAAUCCACAGGAGUCGUCGUCAAAAAUAUGAAUGCGCUCCCUCAACUUUACCUGUUUGAUGUGAUGUUCCACACGCCUGACGGCAGUUCUGGACUCGGUGAUCAAGGUCAAGUGGGUAUCGAUGAUUUCAAGAAGCAACACCGAUGCAACCGCAUAUGUCGAAUGCUGGGAUUACCAGUCCUCACAACGCCUCAAGAGGACGAAGCAGACCCUGUGGAAUCAGAGGACGAGUUACUCAAGAAAUAG